AUGGCUCAACCGCAUCAAUUAAAGCCUGAUCCGCACCCGACCGCGACACGGUUUUUGACUUUAUACAGUGGCAUUGUUUCAGAUAGCACGUUGAAUGGGGCCAAAGGAAUGGCAAUUAAAGUUGUGAUGGGGCCUCAUGGCGCACUGACUACACUUGAAGAAGGGGCCUACUUAAUUCACGGAAACCUGAUUGACACCAGACAUGGUCAUUCACAUCUUUUCUACCGUGGUUCUCCUUUAUCCCUGGUUGACCACAUAAUUCACAAGCCAGCUGAAGCUAUCGACCAAUCGAUUGAGAGUAAGGGGACAGGGUCCAUUAUCUCCGCUGACAUGGAUAAUAUCGACUCUGAGCCAGUUCUCCUACUCAGAGUAAGACAUUGCAAUUAUGAUACAAUUGAUUACAACAUCGUCACAUUCAACGUAGAGUACUUAUUUGACGGAGCAUUGGCUCAACAGCUAGCUUCUCACAACGCCCUCAUUGGCACCAAGAUAGAUAUCACGGGACAUGUCAUCGACAGGGACAAAGCAAGAGGUAUGUGGAUCAUCAAAUGCAUUGAUGAUUAG